UAUACAUCAGAUAGUUAGUGAAGAAGCGGAAGGCCAAUGUUGAAUGUUGAAUAACAGCAGAAACUACAACGAUUUAUUGUCAUUCCGACUGAAUUUGUGCAAUAAUUACUAAUCGGCAACAUCGAAUCUAAGGCAAGAAAUUGUCUUCUUUGACUAAUUGGUAUCGUAUUGGGAAGUCUCCAAUGCUUGUUCAAGUUAGAUGGUAAUUAUGAAAAUUAUCUACGAAAAACUUCUUGUUAUUCAUGCUGUCUUAGUUUUACCAGCUUGUACCAAUUAUGUUAGCGAUACGUUCACAAAUGUUUGCGGGGAAGAUGGGUCUGUCUUUUCUUCAAUGAACAGAACAGUUCAAGUCAAGUCAGCCAUCCAGUGUGCGAGAGAAUGUAUCCAUGUGGCGCCAACUAUUGGCGGUGUUUGUGACGGUAUAAAUGUUUGUGUUGAGAGCGGGGAUCCAACUUGCGAGCUACUCUUUACGCUCUUAAAUGGCACUGAUAAGUUAUACGAAGUCUCUAGAGCUGGAUGUAUGUUCUAUAGCAGAAAAAAGGGGAACAUUACCUGUAAAGACAACACAGACACCGGAAACUCUACGGAUCCUACUUCCGGUGUUGGAAAUGGGGCUACCGACAACACAGUCACCGACAGUUCUGUGGAUCCGACAUCCUAUCCUGGGGAUGUCACGAUCGACCACACAGCCACCGAAAGUUCUUCAGAUCUGACGAUUCUGAGAGAUAUAACUACAGUCGAAACGACACAUACUAAUCAGACGAAUGAAGACUCAAGUUGGCCAAAGGGAACGUACACUUUGUUGCAACCCUCCACCGGUUGUCCGAAUGGCUGGUCCACGGGAUACAUACAGUUCGAGAUGCAGGCGGGUGGGAAUAGCUACCACUCCAGUAAUUAUCUCAAAGGCGAUGUGAUCAGCAACUUGGUGCAGUGGUAUUUCUGUACAAAAACAUCAGACGUCGGCUUGGACGAGUGGCCAUCGGGUAGAUACUGUGUAAUGAGACAUGGCGGGAACUGUCCGAGCGACUUUUGGGAAGGGCUAAUUUCUUUUGAUGAGGAGGACAGUGGUAACCACGCCGACAGAACCAGAAAUGGCACACUACCCGACUUAUACACAACACGUGAUGUCGCUCUACACUUCUGCUGCAAGAACGAUGCCACUGACGCUGGAUCGGAGAUGACUCUCCCGAUUUCCGACCCGUUCUAUUUGUUUCCAUUCUUUGACGGAGUUUGUCCAAAUGUCCGCGGUAUGAACAGUAGCAGAGAGCACACCUAUUUUGAUUGUGAAAACACCUAUAACCAAAACUUUGUGUCUGGGGCGACACCGCUUAGUAUCAUAUCAAAUAAUCAUCAGAUUUCUUUCUGCUAUUACCAUUGAUGAUCAUUUUGAAUACUCGGAAUAUCAUAGAGUGAGAUUAUUUAUGCACAACAUAUAAGUUUGGCUUUAAAGUAUACUGACUUCAUUUACAUGCCAAUUUUGUAGUGACAUUUUACGACCCCGGCAUGGGACUAGUUCCCAGGAGUUUAAUCUGGAUUUUACAGGACACCACCUUGUCAACAUUUCACAGUAAGCUGGUCAUCAUAUCUAUAUUUUUUAUCUGUACAUUAAAGAUAAAAGGUAACAUUAUUAGCUGCGUAUUUAUUUUCGUGGUACCUUAAAUGACACGAAUAUAGUGAAAAUCAAUGUAUCGCUUUUUAGUGUUGCAAAAUAUACAGUAAAGCCUAAUAAAAACAAGAAGUCAAAGUGCUAAUAUCACUCAUAGGUGUUGCUCACGAAGGAUCGAAAUAAAGAAGAGAAACGUAAUAUAAAACGGCAGGAAAUAAAACAGUUUAAUGUCCAUUAAUGGAUGUUUUACUGAUGAUGGUAAUGUAAUGUUUAUCACCUUGAUUGAUUUCGUUUUAACGUUUUACUGAAGGAAGCAAAAUUACCUUUUUAAUGCUAACUUGAAUUGAAAAAUAUGAUAUCGUAUAUGUGUAAGAGGGGGGGGGGGGGGGGGGGGGGGGGGGGUGUUCAAAAUACUUCCAAAUCCACUGUCAGCUUGAGCUCAUAAUAAUGCUCGUAUAGUGUAGCAGAAAGCGUGGUUUGCUUUUCUGCAAACCUCAAUUUAUAAUAAAUGUAUUUCUGUUUCUAUGUCU